GUGACAGCCGCACCCAUGGCGGAAGACCAGGACCAAGAUUCAGCUGUCUUAGAGGAAGAGUACGCCGUCUGGAAGAAGAACAGCCCUUUCCUCUACGACCUUAUCAUCUCUCACCCUCUCGAAUGGCCCUCUCUCACCGUCCACUGGGCUCCCUCGGCGCCGCAGCCCCACACCGACCCUUCCCUCGCCGUCCACAAGCUCGUUCUUGGGACCCACACCUCCGAUGACUACCCCAACUUUCUCAUGGUCGCCGACGCCCUCCUCCCCACAUCCCAGCCCAACUUUGGCGCCAUUUCCGAAAAUGACCCUGUGAUGCCUAAGGUGGAAAUAACGCAGAAGAUUCGGGUGUUUGGGGAAGUGAAUAGGGCACGAUGGAUGCCGCAGAAGCCGACUAUUGUGGGUGCAAAGACCAGCGGUGCGGAUGUAUAUGUGUUUGAUUGUUCCAAACAAGAAGGAAAGAAGCAUCAAGAGGAAGCCUGUGAUCCUGAUUUGAGGUUAAGGGGUCAUGACAAAGAAGGUUAUGGCCUGUCUUGGAGCUCUUUGAAGGAGGGUUACCUUUUGAGUGGUUCAUAUGAUUGUAAAAUUUGCUUGUGGGAUGUUUCUGCUUCGGCUCAAGAGAAGGUGCUUGAUCCAAUCCACGUUUAUGAGCGUCAUGAGAGUGUGGUUGGAGAUGUAUCGUGGCAUCCGAAGAAUGAGAAUUUGUUUGGAUCUGUUGGGGAUGAUUGUCAGUUGAUGAUAUGGGACUUGCGCACAAACCAAACCCAGCAUUGUGUCAAAGCUCAUGAGAAAGAGGUAAAUUAUCUUUCUUUCAAUCCGUAUAAUGAAUGGAUUUUGGCCACAGCAUCUUCAGACACUACUGUUGGUCUGUUCGAUAUGAGAAAGCUGACAGUGCCAUUGCAUGUUCUGAGUACUCACGGGGAGGAAGUAUUCCAGGUUGAAUGGGAUCCUAAUCAUGAAACUGUGUUGGCAUCGUACGCUGACGACAGAAGGUUGAUGGUUUGGGACCUCAACAGGAUUGGGGAUGAGCAGGCAGAGGGAGACGGCGAUGACGGACCACCAGAACUUCUCUUUGUACAUGGCGGUCACAAAGCAAAGAUAUCUGAUUUCUCUUGGAACAAAAAUGAGCCAUGGGUAAUUUCAAGCGUUUCUGAAGACAACACUCUUCAGGUUUGGCAGAUUGCUGAAAGCAUAUUUGGCGACGACGAUGAUGACGUGCAAGCCCAACCUUCCUGUGUGUAAUCGGAAAAUCUCGACCGUGAACUUGAAGAUAUUUUUCGUACCUCUUUGGCUAGUGUUUAGACUUUCUAGAGAUAGAUUAUGAGAGUAGAAGAGCAUGUAGCUUCUCAGAAACUGCUGUUGGAUAAUCGGUUUGCCAACCUUUGAUUUUCUCCUACUUGUUUUAUCUCUUAUGAUUUUAAUGACGUUAAACCUUCAA